AUGGGAGAGCGAGCGGAGGAGUUGAUCCUCAGCGGCUUGCAGGACUCGUACAGUUCGCAGUCGCUGCAGACAGGUGGACGCCAAGCUUUUGUAUCCGGGCAAAGGUUUGUGUAUGAUCUCAUCGACUGCAUGAAGAAUGACUUUCAGAGUCAGUACCUCAUCUGGCAAGACUUGUUCCGGCGAAGCGAGUACCACCAGAGUGUGCAGACUCGCGAGGCGUCAUUGAUUCUCUCGGCGAUCCGCGCUGUUCCCAUACCGUUUGUCAAGAUUUGCGAGGAUGUCGGUCAAGCAAUGUGCAGGGCAGUUGCUGACGUAGAAGGUCAGCACGCGAGCCAGCAUGGCUCUAUUCUGGACAGGUUCGAAGCAACGUGUCAAAGUCUGCUUGAAAAAGUGGCCAACGACGUGCCCGAGCUUGAUUGGCUCUGCGAGAGAGUCGACCUGUCUCUCAGAUCAUUCAACCGCGCCCGCGCGCAGCUGGGUCAGAUAUGCCAGUCCCUCAUUGCCGGCUACUUCUUCCAUGCCUCUGGCUUCCGCUGGUUCCAGGUGAACGGGACCGGGAAGCUUGUCCAUUGCAACUCUUACGGUUGCAUCCGCGACCAUGACACCGACGAGGACGCACUAUGCCGCAAGUUGGAGCAAGUCCUCGAGGAGGCUCCUGAAGCAUUUUGGCUCACUGCCAGCGAGGGGCGCCCUCGGGAGACGGAGUGGAGAGGCAAGAAGGUGGAAGUUGCUUGCAGCUUCGAGCAUGAUCUGGAAGGCCCAUUGAGCAGGCAUUUGAUCUCUGCCGAAGUUGCGGAGCGCUGCAAGCAAGGACUGGA